ACAUUAGUCUGAACGCGCCUCUCUCUCUCUCUGUCUUUCUCUCUUUCUCUCUCUCUCUCUCUCUCUCUCUCCCGCUUCCGCUCUCUGUCCCUCUACUCAGCGCCAACUCCUGACGGCAAAGUGGCAAUUCUUGUACUCCCUGACAAAAACAAGGAGGCAGAUUAUUUUCUUUUGAAGGGGGAACGAACCAGCAAAGGAAAGGGGUUUUAGUUAUUUUCACUUUAAUUCUUCCCCCCUACCUUCGCUUACGAAGCAUCUCGUCAAGAAGCGCUUACGAAGAGAUUGCGCCCAUCUACCAAGCUGUCGCCUCCUUCGACGAGCUCUUCUUGCCUAGUUCGCCCGCAUUAGAUUUGGCUGGUUGGAUUGCCUGCAGAUUUCUGCGGCUUGAGGGUUUUGUUCUUGUUUCCUUUUGAUCAACCUAGAUCGGGAACUAUGAAUGGGUCAUUUAAUGGGCAGGUAUUAGUGGACAAGCUUACCAAGUUGAACAAUGGACAGCAGAGUAUAGAGACUUUAUCACAUUGGUGCAUCUUCCAUAGAAAAAAAGCAAAGCAGGUUGUGGAAACAUGGCAGCAACAAUUUUAUUGUGCUCCAAGAGAUCAACGAAUAUCUUUCCUAUAUCUAGCAAAUGAUAUUUUGCAAAAUAGCAGAUGGAAGGGUCUGGAGUUUAUUGAUGAGUUUUGGAAAGUUAUCCCUGGUGCCCUUAGUGAUGUAUUUAAUAAUGGGGGUGAGAUUGGAAGAAGCACUGUAGUAAGAUUGAUGGACAUAUGGGAAGAACGCAAAGUCUUUGGUUCUCAUGGACAAGUACUUAAGGACAAUAUUUUGGGAAGCGAUAAUGGGAAUAAAAAUAUAAACGAGAAGGUCAUUAGAUACAAGUUGAAACAUCCAUCUGGAGAACAGUUGGAGGAGCUCAUUUCAGGCUAUACUCAUAUUUAUGAUCUUCCCUAUGAUGAAGACACUUUAUAUGGAAAUUGUCAAGCAGCUACUAACCUCGUUGAUGAAGUGGAUAAGGAACUUGUGAGUGAGUUAGGAGGGAAUUCCAAUGGAUCUGGAGUAGUCAGGAAGAUGCAGGUACAGCAUGGUGUAUUAAGAGAAUGCAUAGAACAACUAAAAGUUAUUGAAUCAUUGAGAGCAACUCUGAUCACCUAUUUAAGAAAGGCACUUCACGAACAGGAGUCAAAGUUUGAACAGGUCCAUCAACAACUUCAGGCUGCUCAAUCAAGAUAUGAACAAUCAGUCAACUUACAUAAGCAGCUCGGUACUGGUCCCUCAUCACCUGAUCAAAGGCUUAACAACUCAUCAGCUUUCCCUGACAGCCCACCUAAACUUAUCCCUCAAUCCGGUGCUGGCACCAGAUCACAAACUACUGCAGGCAGAUACAGCCAGGAUAGACUUCCUGGAGACAAUAAUGCUCCUGUUACAGACAGGUACCCAGAAACAGCAGCUGCUGCAGUUGCACCACAGUUUGCAGCUUCCACUUCCACUUCUCAGAUGCUGAUACAUGUCCACACCUCUCCAGCUUCUGAUGGCAUCUUUAGCCUUUCAAUUAAAGAAGACCACCCUACUGAUAACAAGAGGCUUAAACUAGAGGACAAUGUGCCACCACCAUUGCCACAGCUUCGGCCGCUCUUGCCAUCAUUCCUGCAUCCUGAUUUGUUAAAUCAGCCUCCGCCGCUACAGUCAUCAUUUCCUGUUACACAACCAAGUUCAAGAACAAUGCCACCACCACCUCCUUUCCUGCCUAUGCCACUACCACCACCUCCACCAACUACACCCCAAUUCAUGCAGUUUUCUUCUGGACCUACAAUGCCUUUUGGUUAUGGCUCAGUUCCUUUCCCAAACUACCCAAUGCAUGGCAUGCAACUCUAUCCAAGUCUCAUAAACCAGCCUUAUGGUCUUCAAUCCUCGGAGGGGUUCAUUCAGUUAGGCCAACCGCCAUUGCCAACUGCACCACCACCACCACCACCUCCACCUUGAACCAACAACAAGAGAAGGCGAAGAAGGGGUGCUGUUAGGUUCAGUAGUUGUCAUGUAUCCAUGGUUGUGACCGUAAACAUGUAUAUUAAGAUACCUGCUUCACAGCUCCUGAAGAUAGUCAUCCUGGAGAAGAACACGAGGACCUUAUAUCUAAUGGUAAUCUGACCUAUUGCCUGCGGAAGAGAUGUUUACAAGUUGUAGUCAUUCUUUUUGUUUCUGGAGAUUCAUGUUGAGCUUUCCCAGGAUUUGUCGUGGCCUGAUGCCUGGGUGGCUGCUGGCACAGAGUUUGGUCAGAUGUAUCCUCAACUCAACCGAGGGAGAAUUGUAAACCUGGGAUCGAACAUGAAAUGUGGUGUAAGUGAACAAUAUUGGAUGACACAGAAUGGGGUAAAAAUUGAGUAGCCAAAUCAAUUGUGCGGCUCUCAUGCUGGCC